ACUUAAACCUUGAAAUGAUAAACACAGACAUUGAUUUCAUACUAUAAAACUUUACAGGUAGAAAAUACGAACACGUAUAGUUACAGCUAUUUGUGUUUUAAACUUCCAUGGGAGAUAAAAAGAUAUUGCCAGUAUAUGGUAAUGUUGAAAUCAUCUUGUACAGUAUCAACGCUAUAUCAAAAAUCAAAAUAAUUAUUUGGACUUAGUUGGAAAUGAUUUGUUAAAAGAGGUGAUUUAUUUACGUUUGCAAAGGUCUAUUUGGCAAGAUAGCAAUGCUGAAAGACAUACCGAAUAUCAUUCUGCUCUCCGGAGUUUUCAUCUCUGUUUCAGUUGCAAAUGUUCAAUUAACAACAUCGAGUAUAGUAAAUGGAAGCACAAUAACUAUUUGCAAUUCCACAGUUACAUAUACAUGUCUGAUAAAGUCAUUCACGUUGAUGUUUUUCCUGAUAGAUGAUAUCAGAGUUGCAACAUGUGCUGGACUAUUUUGUACACAAUUUCAAGCAAUGCCUUCGAAUGCCGACUUUAUUUACAACACAACAGCUGGGAUAUUCAAUUUAACAUUUUAUGAUAUCAAGCGAAAAGACACUUGGAAUGUUAUAAAAUGCAGUAAUGGAACAUCUACAAACGACAAAGAGAUAACACAGAAUAUUAAAGAUUAUACAGUUUCGUUUAAAGAAGUAUCCGGUCCGACAGGAUAUGAAAUCAAAAUUGUUACUGGAUGCAUAAGUAACACAACCAAACUUUCAUUUGUCUGGAAUAUGAUCCCAGAAAAGUCUAGCGAUGUUAAGGUGUACACGGGCAAAACUAAAACGAUGUCAUUAGACACUAUUUCAUGCUUACAUAAUCCUGAUUGUGGAAGUAGUGAAUCAGUUAAACGUGGAAACAUAUUGUCAAUUACGAAAACAGAAGGAGGAUCGAAUUACUAUAUACAGUCCAUAGUAGUAUUUCAAGAGGCUAACAUUUCGUAUUCUGUGAAGACUAAUUUCCAAAGAAUGUAUGUUAUUUCUGAUGAGGAACAAACAAACAGUACAACUGCCAUAAUUCUGAUUGCAUGCGGAUGUACAGUGGGUUUAAUUGCAGUAACUGUUGCAAGUAUCAUUCAUUGCAGAAGGAGACAUGGAAAAAACAAAAGAGAUCCUGUUGAAAAUAAUUCUACAAUUGAUAUCAAAGAGGUAAAAGAAGAAGUUAAUAAUGAGGGAAUUUCAUAUGCAGAAAACGAUAGCAAUCAUCAAAGAAACAAGAAAAUUCCAAUAAAGGAGGGAAUUGAUAAACAACUUGUUAUGAAUGAUGUUUCAUUGAGAACGAAACAAGAUACACAAGGCUCACCAGGGAACACUAACAAUAAUAUUGGAAAGGAAUCAGAAGGUAAAAACGAGGAAGUUCCAAAUAUCUUGUUGAGAACAACUCUAAAAAAUGAAAAAGAAAAAGUAGAAGAAGAAGGUAAAGACGAGAGAAUUACAAAUGAAGAUACCGAAAACAAUCGUCAAAGCAACAAAGAAAAUAUAAUAACGGAGGGAAUUAAUAAACAACUUGCUAUGUCAGAUGCUCCUUUUGGAACUAAACCAGAUAUACAAGGCUCGCCAGAUCCUGCUGAAAAGAAAACUAACAAUAAUAUUGGAAAUGUAGAAGAAGGUACAAGCGAGGGACUUCCAAGUGCAGAAACCGACAGCACUAGUCAAAGAAACAAGAAAAUUCCAAUAAAGGAGGGAAUUGAUAAACAACUUGUUAUGAAUGAUGUUUCAUUGAGAACGAAACAAGAUACACAAGGCUCACCAGAUUUUGUUAAAAAGAACACUAACAAUAAUAUUGGAAAGGAAUCAGAAGGUAAAAACGAGGAAGUUCCAAAUGCAGAUACUGAUAGACCUAGUCAAAGCAACAAGGAAAAUCCAAUAAAGAAGGUAAAUGAUAAACAACCAACUAUGUCAGCUGCUUCUUUGGGAAUUAAACCAGAUACACUAGACUCACCAGAUCUUGUUGAGAACAACUCUAAAAAUGAAAAAGAAAAAGUAGAAGAAGAAGGUAAAGACGAGAGAAUUACAAAUGAAGAUACCGAAAACAAUCGUCAAAGCAACAAAGAAAAUAUAAUAACGGAGGGAAUUAAUAAACAACUUGCUAUGUCAGAUGCUCCUUUUGGAACUAAACCAGAUAUACAAGGCUCGCCAGAUCCUGCUGAAAAGAAAACUAACAAUAAUAUUGGAAAUGUAGAAGAAGGUACAAGCGAGGGACUUCCAAGUGCAGAAACCGACAGCACUAGUCAAAGUAUGUUGAAAAGAAUAGUAACACUAAUAUUGAAAAGGUACAAGAAGUAGCAGAACGACUGAACAAGAUAUGAGAUCAGUACUUUAAUUUUUGUCAAUGAAGCUUAUCUUAUACAUUAAGUUAUGCACUGGUACAAUUAUUGUGUAAAGAAUGUAAUUUUGUGAAGGUUAAUUUGUGAAUACUUAAAAGAAGUAUUGUGUAAUAGUUCUUUAUAUGCUACAGGCUAAUAUAAACAAAUUAUGUGGUACAUGUAUUCAUGUAUAUGCUCUAUUUUUAUAUUCUUAAUAUUCAGGUGUUGUACUACGGACAUGCAAUAAUAGCCUAAUUUAUACAUAUACAUAUUUAUACAUAUUAAGUAAGUAUUUUUUUUUAAGAUUUACCUUAUCUUUACCUUCUUUUUCUUCUGAGCAUUUAAGCUUUUAGGCUCCACCAAUACUAUAUAGUCCAAGAACAGAUCAAUAAAUGAUUUUGAUAAACUGUCUUCAGCAAUGGUGUCAGAAACAAUUUUGUCGGUAAUUAGCAGAUGGGAAAUAACAUCUUAAUUUGUUUGGUGAUGGCAAGAAUGGUAAUAGUCGCUUAUUAGCAACAAACGAUAUUUAAAGUGUGUUUUAUUUGGAUAUGCAAUUGAUGGAUAAGUCAUAACGUUUCAUCUAUAGUUCUGUUCUAAUGUUUUAAAAUUGAAUAAAUG